AUGGAAAACUCAGAUUCUGGCGAUGAAGGAGAUGAAUCUGCGGCCCCGCGCAGAAAUCAGACAAACCGAUUAGCUCCGGAUUUUAAUCGGUUUGUUAAUAACCUGAGUGAAGAUGAGUACAAGCUCAUGGAGAGUAACAAUUGGCUAGGCAGUCCAGGCGAAAGUACAGAAGAGGAGUUGCAGAGAAGACUUCACCUAGUUAAAGACAAACUGCUGGGAAACUCAAAUGAAAAUACAGGUGAAGGAGACUCUCCGGACGAUGUGUCUAGCAGCGACUCUUUGAUAGACUGGCUCAUCUCUUUUGAACCAACGGAAAAUGUGACCAGUGGGCAAAGAGAACCCCAACCUUGUAGAGAAGAGAGCCAGGUUAAUCCUCCCAGUGAUUUCAGAUUCAGUUCUGGCAGUUCAAGUGUGGAGAGUAAAUAUGUACCAUCUAUAAGAUUUCCCAGAGGACAAAGCAUGGAAAAUGGCCACAACCACCAGGAAAACCCACAAGCUGAACCACGACUUAUAAGACCAUCUAAAUCAGAACAAAGUACACCAAGGCCAUCAAUAAGAGUCACGCCCACUAGAAGUCAGAAAAGGGCAAGAAGCAGAAGCCCAGACCACAGUAGAACCAGAGCAAGAACCGAAAGUAGGUCACCUCCACGUGCACUGGGUCCACUUGCACAAAGACUUCAUCAGAGUCACUCUCCUCCAACGAGUGGCUCUAUUAGAGACCAGCUUAAUGCUUUCGAGCAAACUAAAAAUGUGAUAUUUGGGCAAGGAGAACACCAACCUUGGAGAGAAGUAGGACAGGCUAAUCCACACGGUGAUUUCAGAUUCAGUUCUGGCCGUCCAAGUGCAGAGAAUAAGUACGUACCAUCUACAAGACUUCCCAGAAGAGAAAAUAUGGAAAAUAGCCACAGUCACGUGGAAAACCCACAAGCUGAACCAAGAUUUACAAGACCAUCUAAAUCGGAACAAAGUACACCAAGGCCAUCAAUAAGAGUCACACCUGCUAGAGGCCAGAAAAGAACAAGAAGCAGAAGCCCAGACCACAGUAGAACCAGAGCAAGAACUGAAAGUGGGUCACCUCCACGUUCAUUGGGUCCACUUGCACAAAGAUUCCAUCACAGUGCAUCAUCUCCAACUUUUGAGCAGCCUUUCGUAAGUGAGACUGGGAGAUUUUUUAGAACUCGGCACCAAGAAACAUCGACACAGGGAACAGCUGCACUUGAAUCGCAAAACAGGCAUCUUUUUGCAACGUCUGGGACAAGGAAUGGUGUUCAAGGAGAAUCUUCUCCAGACAUAACCAGUGACGGUGAACCUUGUGGAUUGAGACAGACAUAUCCAAACAUAUGCCUCUGUUCUGCAGUAGGACAAGUUCAUCCUGUAGCAUAUUCUGAGAGAGGCAGCAUAACAAAUAGAACUCAAAUAACAUCUGAGAUACCAAAUAGCACUGCCGCUUUAGACAGUGAACAAGGAGAACUUAGGCAUAUGUUUUCACAUUAUGAACCGGCAGAUAUGAGAGCUUAUGUUAGUACCAUCGGAAUUCCCUUUUGUGGAAUUUUAAGUACAGGUUUAAGUGAUACAAUACCUGGUGCAAUUCAAAGCACGUUAAGGCAGACAGUGACAGAUUUUAGUGGCUCAAGUAAUCCUAUGGACAGUGAGAGUGAUUUAGAGAGUAUUCAGUCAGCACCAAGUCGAUACAUGGAAAGGGCAGAGUCACCCUAUGGAAGAGAGAGUUCUCAUGGUAGGAGUUUUAGUUCCAGCUCAAAUUCUAGCUGUGAUUCCUGUUUACAUUCCACAUUGACUUCUAGUUCAAACUCCAGUUACACAUCCAGUUCCAGUUUCAGUCUGAUGUCCAGUUCCAGCUCCAGUCUGAUGUCCAGUUCCAGCUCCAGUCUGAUGUCCAGUUCCAGCUCCAGUCUGAUGUCCAGUUCCAGCUCCAGUCUGAUGUCCAGUUCCAGCUCCAGUCCGAUGUCUAGUUCCAGCUCCUUCAGUGAUGAAAAUUCAGAAAUUAGCACCCUGUUCUCUGAAGGCAGUGAUGAAAGAUUCUCACCAUACUCAUCAGAAAUCUGGGGUGACAGUAGAUCUAUGACCCCAAUAACAUCAGAUGAAAGUGACUCUUGGGCCUCUCUUGAUCAAUUUUUAUUCGUGAAUGAUUAUGAUAACCAUCCAACAGGACUCAGCAAAGCAGAGAUUGACAACUUGGCUAUAAGACCUUUUUCUGAAAAUGAUACAUCGAAAGUCUGUAUAAUUUGUAUUACAGAGUACACAGAAGGCAACAAGCUUCGCAUACUACCUUGCUCCCAUGAAUAUCAUGUGCACUGUAUUGAUCGCUGGCUGUCUGACAACUCUACCUGUCCUAUUUGUCGCAGGGAAGUAGUAGGUUCUGAUUAG